AUGGUCAGUGCUCAAGCUGCCGGUGCAGCUCCUGUUGGUGAUGGUGCUGCUGCUGCCGGUGCUAUUACUACUAAAACAACAGUUAUUACAACAACAAAUGCAAAUGGUGUUACUAUAACUCAAACUCAAACUUCAACGGGUGCUAAUACUGUGAAUACAGCCACUACAGCCACUGGUACUACUGCUACAACUACUGCUACAACAGGUACAACAGGGACCGCUACAACAGGUACAGGUACUACAGCUACCACAGGUACUGGAACAGGUACAACAAAUACCGCUGCAACUGCAACUGGUACAACAACUGAUACUGGAUUAGUUCCAACUGCAACUGGUACUUCAGGUCGUACAACAACAGAUUUAACUCAAGAAUCUUCAAAUUCAGCAAAUCCAACUUAUACUUAUUCAGAUGAAUCAACAACUUAUAUUACAUCAUCUGCUUGGACUUCAAUUUGGGUUACAGUUACUUAUUCAAAUGGUGGUGUUGCAACUGUUCAAACUACUUAUUCUCAACGUUUCAAGAGUUUUUAUAGUGAAGUUAGUUCAGUUCCUUCAGGUACUAUUGGUCUUGGUAGUAUAAGUGGAUCUGUUGGUGUUGUUAAAACUCAAAAUUAUAUUACUCAAUCUUCAACAAAUGCUGGUGUUGUUAGUACUAUAAGUUCAGGUUUAUUAUUUGUUGUUGCUUUAUUAUUCUUGUGA